AUGUCCAGCGCGGAAUCGGCCGCCGCGAUGACAAGAAGAAGGAGGCAACACAGCGCCGACCAGCAUCGGGACGCGACGUCCUUGCUCCCUGGACCCACCGCUCUGCACUGUACACGAGCACCAGCGCCGACCGGCGGCUGGGGAGCCGCGGGGCAGCUGGAUCCGGAGAGCGGGGCGUCUGGGGAGCAGAAGGGUGCACCCGCUCGCGCCCCCUUCCGCCGCCCUGGAAGAAGAUGGGAGGAGGGGGAGGAGGAGGAGGAGGAGGACGGAGGACGGAGGGUCAGGGAGGGGACCUCGAGUCGGGCCACCCUUGCCAGGAGAAAAGGCGCUCCAAUGCGGCGCGCUGCGUGUCCUCAGGUCCGCCCGUCCGCGGCUGCAGGUUCCUUAAAAUUUGCCUCAGCGCGGGAGGUCUUACUGGGGUCCGAGUAGCCUAGACGUACUUAAUACUUAAAGCGCACACGAAUCGUGCAGUCGUGCGGCGGAGGAGACGGAGGGGACGCCAACCACAUAUGGGAGAGAGAGAGAGAGAGAGAGAGAGAGAGAUGGGGGGCGAAGGGUGCAUGUUGGGAUAGCGGCCAACAUGCCUUGAAAACUCCGCAGGUGCACUAGUGUUUGGCUGCGCCGUGAGCAAUGGGUCACACAUCGCAACUGCCAUAUUCAUCGAGCCUGUCUCCAUGAACUGGCCAAAAAAACUUCAGGGGAAUUCGGGAAUUCGAGAUCCAGACAAAGUCUGAAAAGAGGAGGAGGCAUAGGGAUGAGGAGGAGGAGGAAGCGGCGAGGAGGAGGAAGACGAGGAUAGUAGCGGCAGCCCCUUCGUCACACGACGACGCAGCAAGUGGCGGAGCAAGGCCUGGCUGCCCUCGAGGCCGCCGGCCGGGCAAGAGCGCCCAACGGCACUGCCGCUGCAGGUGCUG